CUCCUCUCGCUCGUUCUCUCAGCUUUUUUUUCUUCUUUCAACCAUAUUCACGCCGUUACUUUUUCUUUACCAUGGCACCACAGAAGCUCUCCACCCUCACCGACUACCAGACGCUCGUCGACAAGUAUGACACCUUCCUGUUCGACUGUGACGGCGUCAUCUGGCGCGGCUCCACUGCUAUUGUCAACGUCCAGGCCACACUCAGCAUGCUCCGCAACCGCGGUAAGCGCCUGAUAUUCGUCACAAACAACAGCGGCACAUCGCGUAAGGACUAUGUCACAAAGUUUGCCAAGCUCGGCAUCCAGGCCUCUCUCUGCCUAGCCACCGCCGUGUACCUCAGCGAGGUUGCCCGCUUCCCAUCCAAUAAGAAGGCAUAUGUCAUUGGUGGAUCGGCAUUCGUCGAGCCCAACCCCGACGUCGCAGCCGUGGUUUUUGGCAUUGACUAUGAUAUCACCUAUCGCAAGCUGGCCAACGCCCACCUCAAUCUUACUCUCAACCCCGGCUGCCUUUUUAUUGCCACCAACGACGAUCGCACACUACCCGGCGGCAAGCACACGCUCAUCCACUCGACGCAGCGCUCGCCACUCGUCAUGGGCAAGCCCAACACCCCCAUGCUUGACUCUCGACCCCACCGCUCCUGCAUGGUCGGUGACCGCCUCGACACUGACAUUCUCUUUGGAAUCAAAGGCGGCCUCAGCACCUUGUGCGUGCUGACCGGCGUUGCUGACGAGGCUGCUGUCCUCGAUCCGGUCGCGCCCCAGGCCACCUACUACAUCUCCAGCCUGGGCGACCUGUGCGAUCUGGCAGCCAACUAGCUGCUGCGCUGGUACUUUGUCUCUGCUGCUGCUGCUGCUGCUGCUGCCAAUAUUUUGUGUCGUCAUCAUUAUCGCCAUCACUUUCACCACCUAUUUUCGGAAUAUGCUUAUGUAUAUGCGC